UUAAACUAGUAAUCUGUGGUCGGAGGUGCGAUUGGCGUUGCGCAAAAAACCUAUUUUAUCAGGAGCAUCGAAACCAUUUUAUAAUUUGUGAAAAGUAGUUCAGUUGUAGCUGGACAGUCGAAGCCCUACGGAAGCUAUUUAUAAUUUCUAGUAGUGAAUAAGACUCGGUGAAGAUGGCCGGAACGGUUUAUUGUUUGCCAGUGGUGCUGCUAUUUUUAGCGAGCGCGAUUCCUUCAGAAGCACAAAGUGAGGCGCCGGCGACGGAGGCGGCGGCGGCGGCGAGCGGCGCGGCGGUCGGCGGCGCGGACGCCGCGCUCAUGUACGAGCUGCGCUCCAACCUCACCCUCACCUGCCGUCUGAGCAGCGCCGCCGGCCUCGCCUACACCUGGACCAAGAACGAGACGGACGUGACGGCGUUGGGCGAGAUGAAGGGCCGCUACGAGCUGCAGAGCGGCGGCGCCGUGUUCCACAUCGCGCGCACGCUCGAGGACGACUGGGGCAACUACAGCUGCGCCGUCGGCGGCGACGUGCAGCGCUGGGAGGUGCACGGCCGCCCGCACCUCAAGGUGCCCGCCAAUACCAACGUCGUCGAGGGCCAGAAGCUGAAGGUGCAGUGCAAGGUGAUCGGCAAGCCGUACCCGCGCGUGUCGUGGCAGUAUUCGAACGACUCUAAGACGUGGGUGGAGGCGGGCGCGGCGCUGGGCGGGCGCGUGGAGCUGGCGGCGUCGGAGCAGGGCGUGCCAGACGGCAUGCUGAUAGUGACGGUGGCGGAGCGCGCGGACGCCGGCUCGUACAACUGCAGCGCGCCCGGCGCCGCGCCCGCCACCACGGUGCUGCGCGUCAAGGACAUGUACGCGGCGCUGUGGCCCUUCCUGGGCAUCUGCGCGGAGGUGUUCGUGCUGUGCGCCGUCAUCCUCGUCUACGAGCGCCGCCGCACCAAGCCCGAGGCCGAAGACUCCGACGUCGACGCCGACCAGAAGAAGUCGUAAGCUGCGGGAGGCCGAGCGCGCCGGCCCCGCCCGCCGGUCGCCGUUUACAAACUAAUAUUAUGAUUUAACCAAAAAUAUACGUUUGUUAUUUAGUCGAUUAAUAAAAUUAUGUUGCAUCAUCGCGCGGCGCCGCCGUCUCGCAUGUACUUAGCCGUCGCCGACUCCGCCCCGGCGCGCCCGUCGUCGGUCGAACUAUAACUUAAUAAUGUGAGACUUACUAAUAAGUAUAGUAUAACGUGUAUCUGAGCACAGUAACUGUGAGAUUGUAGGAGUUCUAAUUAGGACGCGUGACGCGGGCCCAGCGCCCCGCAGCACGGCGCUCGCCGGCACACUGCUGCUGUUAUGACUUAUAGUCGAAUAAAUUAUUUCAGAUUUAAA